AUGGAGUUUGAGUUCAAGUAUCUGUCCGGUGUGCUACCAGCCUACCCCGAUGACAACGAUAUCACGGAUAAGAAAGUCUGGGGCUAUGGUGAACCCAACAAUGAUAAAAUCAACGGCCUGGAGAGAUCUAUUCAGCACAUCCUGGAUACCCUCGACCAAGAUGGUCCUUUUAGUGGUAUAGUUGGAUUUUCCUCGGGGGCCGCCAUGACGGCAAUAGUUACAUCCAUGCUGGAGAAGAAAAAAGUUGUUUGUGGCAUUUCAGGCGAGGUAAUGUGA